AUGUCGUUUGGGAACCACUAUUACUUCCCCGUUUCAACUACAUCGUUUCCAAAGUGGAUAGACCGUAUAAUGACAUCAAAUAUAAAUGGUUCUCUGCCUCAAAGCGCUAAUGUGGUGGUUAUUGGUUCUGGAUUUGCUGGAACCGCUGUUUCUUACUAUUUACAGAAUGAAAUUGCUGGUGACCAAUCGAUUGUGAUGCUAGAAGCAAGAGCAGCCGUCUCUGGAGCCACUUCCCGAAAUUCUGGACUUAUAAAACCUGAGUACCAUAGAAAUCAUGGUGAAUAUGUUGACAAGUUUGGGUCGAAAGUUGCGGGGCAAUUGGUCAAUUUUGAGGUUGACAACAUGAAGGAGCUGGCUAGAAUUCUAACUCUUGAUUCCGAUCUUAAUGAAAAGGCAGACUUCCAAGAGCGGAUACAUCUUGAUGCUUACUCUAACCCUCGUUCGUCGGAGACUGCCAUCAAUGAUUUCUAUGCUUUUAUGGAAAAUGAAGAAGUCUCCGUAGACCUGAAAAGAAAAGUGCAAAUAUUAUUUGGGGAUUUGGCCAAGCAACUGAGUAAUGUGCCUACUACCCCUUUUGUCAUUCAUUAUCCUAAUGGAUCUGUUAAUUCGUAUGAUUUCGUCACUGCUAUGUUAACCAGAGCUAUUCAAAAAGGCCUAGCCCUAUAUACCAAUACUCUAGUGGAAGAAGUGCAGCAAUUGGAUUCUGGUGUAUGGAAAGUAUCUACUUCUAGAGGUGAAUUAUUUGCGGACAAAGUGGUUUUUACCACCAACGCCUACACACAAGGACUCCUGCCUGAGUUUUCGAAAUCAAUUAUACCUAUACGAGGCGUUUCAUCACAAGUUAACGUUCGUAAUACGGGUAAUGAGCACUCUCUGUCCAUUGGCUCCGACAUUUAUGUUCCACAAUCCAAGAAUCUGCUCUACAGUUCACUGGGUGAGCUGGAAAAGCAGACCAAUUUCAUGGCUAAUUACAACACUGUGGACGAUUCAACUGUAUCGUCCCAAUCGUUAGAAUAUUUGCAAAAAAAUUUAGGUAAAGUGAACUCACUUGCUACUGCCACUGCUACUUCAUCAUCGUCUGGAAUCAUGGCCUACACUGAUGAUCAUUUUCCUUACGUUGGGCAAUUGAGCGAGCUGGGAAAACUAAAUGCAUAUAUUUUGGCUGGUUGCAACUGUUCGGGUCUUUCCAGAAUGCUCCUUUGUGCUAAAGAACUUGCCAAGUCCGUUGCAUUGGGGUCGGAGUUAAGCGACAGAGUCCCAGCUCCCUACAAGGUAACUAGGGAAAGAAUGGGACUCGUUGACAAAUUGAUGCAAUCGGUAUUGAAUGAAAGAGAAAUUAGAGAGACUAGAGCAAGACUCUAG